AUGGUUGAUAGCCUAUCCAAGCAACUAGCAGCCCAAACCGGGCUACUAACCCGACAAGGUGCUCAAAUAGAGGAGUUAAAUACAAGAUUAGCACAAUUCAUGGCAGCAAACAAUCACGAAAAACCAACAAACUCACUAGAUGUAUUAAAACAAACGUCAGUCACUGAAACACCAAAAUUGUCCAACUGCAACGAAAAUCAAAAUGACGGAGAACCUAUUAACAAAAGAAAAAGGGUCCAUUCUGACAAUGCCCAAACUGGAGUUCAAGAUUUCCCAGCGCUACCGACUAAAAAUCCCACUGGAUACUACCCGCCUGAACAACUAAACACACAACUAGCAGCUCCCACUGCAAACACCCAAGAUGUCCAGGAGGAGAUUAUACUUAAUUAUACUCCACCAACCGACGAUGCCAUGGAACAGGAAAGCACUAGCACUGAGCAAACCACUCAAAGCCAGCAAAACACAACCACCCAACCAAAAAUACCACCAAUUGUUCUUCGAACAAAAAAACGCUGGACUCUUGUGUCAAAUGUAUUUAAGGCCAAAGGAUGGCAUUUUAACAAGGCCAUAAACACGGCAGAUGGCAUCAAAUUUUUUCCUGACUCCAUCGAGUCUUUUCGAUCCAUAACAGGCUUCCUACAACACAACAAGGAACAGUUCCAUACAUACCUGCUUCCUGAAGAAAAAUUGCUCCAAGUGGUUAUAAGAGGCCUACCACUGGAAAUCGAUCUAGAAGAACUAACCUAA